AUGGGGCCCGGCAAGAAGAACCUCAAGGCGACCAAGAAGUUCGAGAAGAAGCACCUGACGGGCGUCCUCGACAAGCGGAAAGCCGGCGCCAAGAUCAAGCAGCGCCAGCAGAUCCAGGACAAGAAGAAGGCGCGCAGGGCAAAGGAUGCCGAGUACCUCGAUGGACCCAAGGAUGACGGGGAGGUCAAGAAGCCGAGUGUCAAGGGCAAGAAGAUCAAUGACAUGAGCGUCGACGACUUCUUCCAGGGCGGCUUCGACGACAUCAUUGGCAAGAAGGACAAGAAGGCUGGAAAGCUUGGGAAGCGCAAGAGGGACGCCCCCGAGGCCAACGGCGACGAUGCUAGCGACUCUGAGGACUCAAUUGGCGCAGAGCCUGUUGUCAGCGACAGCGAGGACGACGAUGAGGAGGGCGAUGAUGGUAUCGGCAUGAGCAAAAAGACCAUGGACGAGCUCGCUGAGAAGGACCCCGAAUUCUACAAGUUCCUCAAGGAGAACGACCCCGAGGCGCUCGACUUUGACGACAAGGCCGACCUGGCAGAGGUGGACGAGCUCAGCGGUGAGGACGAGGAGGAAGAGGAGGAGCAGCCCAAGAAGAAGCGCAAGAAGGACAAGAAGAAGAAGCAGGACGCUGAGGAGGAACCUGAAGAAGAGGCUGCGGUUGGCAACGAGCUGACGCGCGAGAUGGUUUCUUCUUGGAGAAAGGCCAUGACGGAGAAGAUGUCGCUGCGGGCGGCGCGACGGGUUGUGCUCGCCUUCCGAUGCGCGGCGCACCUCAACGAGGACGAGGAUGAGGAUUCGCAGCAGAGAUACACCAUCAACAGCCCCGACGUGUUCAACGACAUCCUGGUGCUCGCCCUCAAGGAGAUCCCCACGGUUAUGAACCACCACCUCCCCGUCAAGGAGACCGCCUCGGGCAGGGUACACGUGCAGACCGAGUCUCGCAAGUUCCGCACCUUGUCUCUGCUCCUCAAGACCUACACGUCGUCCAUCAUGCACCUCCUCAGCACCCUGUCCGACGACGGCACCCUCAAGCUCACCCUCUCUUCCAUCACCCCCAUCCUCCCUUACCUCCUGUCCUUUAAGAAGCUCGUCAAGGCCCUCGCAAAGUCGGUCGUCAACUUCUGGGCCCAACCCGCCAGCUCUGAGACGACGCGCAUCACCGCUUUCCUCGUGCUGCGCAGGCUCGUGGUCAUUGGUGACAAGGGCAUCCGUGAGACGGUUCUCAAGGCCGUCUACCAGGGUCUCAUCCAGGGCUGCCGCGUCACAAAUGCCAACACCCUCCAGGGCAUCAACCUCAUGAAGAACUCGGCUGCAGAGCUCUGGGGCAUCGACCCUGCCGUGGGAUAUACGACCGCCUUCACCUUCAUCCGCCAGCUGGCCAUUCACCUGCGCAACAGCAUCGUCCACAACAAGAACGACGCCUUCCGCAUCGUCUAUAACUGGCAGUACACCCACUCGCUCGACUUUUGGUCAUGUGUCCUCGCCGAGCACUGCAGCCCCAUGAAGGAGGCCGAGGCCGGCAAGGAGAGCCAGCUCCGUCUGCUCAUCUACCCCCUCGUCCAAGUCACCCUCGGCGCCAUGCGACUCAUCCCUACCGCCAUCUACUUCCCUCUCCGCUUCCACCUCAUCCGCUCCCUCCUCCGUAUCUCUCGCGCCACCAGCACCUUCAUUCCCCUGGCCUCUCCUCUGCUCGAGGUCCUCACCUCUGCCGAGAUGAAGAAGGCCCCCAAGCCCUCAUCGAUCAAGCCUUUCGACUUUGCCACCGCCUACAAGGCCCCCAAGUCGUACCUCCGCACUCGCGUCUACCAGGACGGUGUCGGCGAGCAGGUCGUCGAGCUCCUGGGCGAGUACUUCCUCCUUUGGGCCACUUCCAUCGCCUUCCCCGAGCUCGCCCUGCCCGUAACCAUCCAACUCAAGCGCUGGCUCAAGCAGACCCGCAGCCGCUCCCAGGGCAACAAGAACGCCAAGCUCUUUGGCCAGCUCGUCCUCCUCGUCCAGAAGCUCGAGGCCAACGCCAAGUUCAUCGAGGAGCGCCGCGCCAAGGUCGAGUUUGCCCCCAAGGACCGCACGCAGGUCGAGGCCUUCCUGCGAGACUUUGACCUCGCCAAGACGCCCCUGGGUGCCUACGUCGUUGGUCAACGCAAGGCCCGCGCUGAGCGUGCCAAGCUGCUCGAGGAGGCCCGAAGGGAGGAGGACCGCAAGAGGCGAGAGGAGGAAAAGGCCGAGAUGGAGGAGGAUGAUAGUGAAGAAGAGGAAGAGGAAGAUGAUGACGAGAUGGAGGUUGAGGACGAGGUCGAAGAGAGCGACGACGAGGAUGAUGAAGAGUAA